AUGCCAUGCAUGCAUCUAGCAGGGAACCCAUCGUCCUGGAUGUCGGCAGUCGAGUAUGCCGCGUUUUCUUCGCCCGAGGCCACCCGUGACGCAGGCAAGAUCGCUGGGCUUAACGUGAUGCGCAUCAUCAAUGAGCCCACAGCGGCUGCGCUUGCGUACGGGCUCGACAAGAAGGACGAGGCCAACAUCCUCGUCUACGACCUCGGCGGCGGCACCUUCGACGUCUCGCUGCUGACCGUUGCCGAGGGUGUCAUCGAGGUCGUCGCCACGAAUGGCGACACUCACCUGGGAGGCGAGGAUUUCGACAGCAGGUUGGUGAAGUAUCUGCAGGAGGUGUUCGAGGAGAGAAGCGGCCAGAAGAUAGGAGAGGACAAGCGGGCGAUGUCGAGGCUGCGACAGGCCGCGGAGAAGGCCAAGAUCGCCCUCAGCAGCACCAAAGAGACGAAGGUUGACAUCGAGAGCCUCGCGAAUGGUGUCGACUUCCAGGAGACCGUGAACAGGGCCAAGUUCGAGGAGCUGAACAACGACCUCUUCAAAAGGACGCUGCUGCCGGUCAAGCAGGUGCUGGAGGACGGGAAGAUGAAGAAGGACGAGGUGGACGAGAUCGUCCUGGUGGGCGGCUCCACGCGGAUCCCCAAGGUGCAGUCGCUGCUGAAGGACUUCUUCAACGGCAAGGAGCCGAACCUGGGCCUGAACCCGGACGAGGCCGUCGCCUAUGGCGCCGCCGUGCAGGGAGGCAUCUUGAGCGGCGUGGGAGAGGACACCGUGCUGCUGGACAUCACGCCCAUCAGCAUCGGCAUCGAGACGAACGGCGGCCUGAUGGACGUCGUGAUUGCACGGAACAGCCAGAUCCCUGUGUCGAAAACAAAGAGCUACGUCACGUCGAUGCCUGACACGAAGGAGACGUCGAUCAAC